AUGUCCGUCAUCAAAACUCUUGUGCAAGACGCACACCAUCUUCUGAGCAUCGCAUACGGCGUGUUCAGCGAGUUGUCGACGAUCCAGCAGAUCUUUUCAAUUAUCGCCAUUCCAUUCAUUUACUCCCUCACAUGGCAAUUCCUCUACUCGUUGCGCAAAGAUCGCGUGCCGAUGGUCUUCUACUACCUUCCGUGGGUCGGGUCGGCUGUGACGUACGGUAUGCAGCCUUACGAGUUCUUUGAAAGCUGCCGUGAAAAGCACGGCGACUGCUUCUCCUUCCUGUUGUUGGGCAAAGUGAUGACGGUGUAUUUGGGGCCAAAGGGCCACGAGUUCGUGCUCAACGCCAAGUUGAGUGACGUUUCUGCAGAGGAAGCGUACACCCACUUGACUACGCCUGUCUUCGGUAAGGGUGUUAUCUACGACUGUCCUAACUGGAAGUUGAUGGAACAAAAGAAGUUCGCCAAGGUUGCUCUCACAAAGGAAAGUUUCGUGCGUUACGUUCCAUUAAUCAAGGAGGAGAUGAUGAGCUACUUCAAUGCUGCCUUCAAGGGCUCCUCUGGUACCGCCGAUGUCUUGAAAGCACAAUCUGAAAUGACCCUAUUCACUGCCUCCCGUUCUCUAUUUGGCGAUGAGUUGCGUAGCAAGUUGGACACGUCUUAUGCUGAAAUGUACUCCGAUUUAGACAAGGGUUUCACUCCGUUGAACUUUGUUUUCAGUUACUUGCCGCUACCAAACUACUUCAAAAGGGAUGCCGCUCACAACAAGAUUGCGCACACUUAUUUAGACCUCAUCACCCAAAGACGUGAUUCUGGUAAGAUUGAAAAUAGAGAUUUGGUCGACGCAUUGUUGAAGAACUCUGUCUACAGAGAUGGCAGCCGUAUGACUGAUCGUGAAAUCGCUAACUUGAUGAUUGGCGUUUUGAUGGGUGGCCAACACACAUCGUCGGCUACAUCUUCGUGGUUUUUGUUACAUCUUGGUGAAAAGCCAGAGCUUCAAGAACAGUUGUACCAAGAAAUAAAAAGCGUACUAGGAGACAGAUCUGAAUUAACUUACGAUGAUUUGCAAAAACUGGAUUUAGUCAACAGUACCAUCAAGGAAACCUUGAGACUACACAUGCCAUUACAUUCCAUUUUCAGAAAAGUCACCCGUAAUCUGCCAGUGCCAAACACAUCCUAUGUCGUACCAAAGGGCCACUACGUGAUGAUUUCUCCAGGUUACACCAUGAUCAACGAAAGAUACUUUCCCAAUGCAGGCGAGUUCCAGCCUCACCGAUGGGACGACAUCAAAUCGAUUGAUGGCGGCAUAUCUUUGCCAGCAACUUCUAAUGGUGGCUCAGAUGAACAAGUCGAUUAUGGUUUCGGUAAGAUUUCAAAGGGUGUUGCUUCUCCAUACUUACCUUUUGGUGGUGGUAGACACAGAUGUAUUGGUGAACCUUUUGCAUACACUCAGUUGGGAACUUUAUUGGUCACAUAUAUUUUGAACUUCAAAUGGACCAGUAAAUGUCCUCCUGUCGACUAUACUUCGAUGGUUACUUUACCUAUCCAACCAGCUCUCAUCAAUUGGGAAAGAAGAGAAAAGAACUAG